UCCUGCCCGGCGCAUCCCGCAGCAUCCCCCGGAUCCCGCCCGGCUCAUCCCUCCUGGAUCCCUCCCGGCGAAUCCUGCCCGGCGCAUCCCGCGCGGAUCCCGCCCGGCGCACCCCCCUGGAUCCCGCCCGGCCCAGACCCUUUCUCCUCGUCCCCGGGCGCGGGGUGUCGCCAGCGGCACCGGUGAGUGUCAGGGACUCCGUGACCCGCCAUGGCUCAGGCGGCCAAACAGCUGAAGAAGAUCAAAGACAACACCGAGGCGCAGGCCCUCCAGGAGAAGGAGAGGGAGGAAUCCAUCCGGAAGCGCAGGAACCGCUCGCGCGAACGCAAGAGAAAGGCUGACGCGGCGACAAGCUUUUUGAGGGCAGCCAGGUCAGGGAACUUGGACAAAGCCUUGGAUCACCUGCGGAAUGGGGUAGACAUAAACACCUGUAACCAGAAUGGGUUGAACGGCCUGCACCUGGCCUCUAAAGAAGGCCACGUGAAGAUGGUGGUUGAACUGCUGCACAAAGAGAUCAUCCUGGAAACGACAACCAAGAAAGGGAACACCGCUCUGCACAUCGCCGCUCUCGCUGGUCAGGAUGAGGUGGUCCGGGAGCUGGUCAGCUAUGGUGCCAAUGUCAACGCCCAGUCCCAGAAAGGCUUUACCCCCCUGUAUAUGGCAGCACAAGAGAAUCACUUGGAAGUGGUUAAGUUUUUACUGGAAAAUGGAGCUAAUCAAAAUGUAGCAACAGAAGAUGGCUUCACUCCCCUGGCCGUGGCUCUGCAGCAGGGCCACGAGAACGUGGUGGCACACCUCAUCAACUAUGGGACGAAAGGGAAGGUGCGCCUGCCUGCGCUGCACAUCGCAGCCCGCAAUGAUGACACCCGCACAGCCGCAGUGCUUCUGCAGAAUGACCCCAACCCCGAUGUGCUUUCCAAGACUGGAUUCACCCCCCUCCACAUUGCUGCUCACUAUGAGAACCUCAACGUGGCCCAGUUACUCCUCAACAGAGGCGCCAGCGUCAACUUCACGCCACAGAACGGCAUCACCCCUCUGCACAUAGCCUCCCGCAGGGGGAACGUGAUCAUGGUGCGGCUGCUGCUGGACCGCGGGGCCCAGAUCGAAACCAGGACCAAGGAUGAACUGACACCCCUCCACUGUGCAGCUCGGAAUGGGCACGUGCGGAUCUCAGAGAUCCUGCUGGACCAUGGGGCACCUAUCCAAGCCAAAACCAAGAAUGGCUUGUCCCCGAUUCACAUGGCGGCUCAGGGAGACCACCUGGACUGUGUCCGACUUCUGUUGCAAUACAGCGCAGAGAUUGAUGACAUCACGCUGGACCACCUGACCCCACUCCACGUGGCAGCACAUUGCGGCCAUCACAGAGUGGCCAAGGUCCUUCUGGACAAAGGGGCCAAGCCAAACUCUAGAGCCCUGAAUGGCUUCACCCCCUUGCACAUUGCCUGCAAGAAGAACCACAUCCGGGUCAUGGAGUUGUUACUGAAGACAGGAGCCUCCAUCGACGCUGUCACUGAGUCUGGCCUGACCCCACUCCAUGUGGCCGCCUUUAUGGGGCAUCUCCCCAUCGUGAAGAACCUCCUGCAACGGGGGGCUUCUCCCAACGUCUCUAAUGUGAAAGUGGAGACCCCGCUACACAUGGCAGCCAGAGCGGGGCACACAGAAGUUGCCAAAUAUCUGCUCCAGAACAAAGCCAAAGUCAAUGCCAAGGCCAAGGACGACCAGACCCCACUUCACUGUGCAGCUCGCAUUGGUCACACAAGCAUGGUGAAGCUCCUGCUGGAAAAUGAAGCGGAUCCCAACCUGGCCACCACCGCUGGCCACACGCCUCUGCAUGUCACGGCCCGAGAGGGCCACGUGGAAACAGCUAUGGCCCUUCUGGAGAGGGGGGCCUCCCAGGCAUGCAUGACCAAGAAAGGGUUUACCCCUCUGCAUGUGGCGGCCAAGUACGGGAAGGCGCGGCUGGCAGAGCUGCUGCUAGAGAGAGAUGCACAUCCAAACGCAGCUGGGAAGAAUGGCUUGACGCCCCUGCACGUGGCCGUCCAUCACAACCACCUGGACAUCGUGAAGCUGCUGCUGCCUCGGGGAGGCUCGCCACACAGCCCCGCGUGGAAUGGCUACACCCCUUUACACAUCGCAGCCAAGCAGAACCAGAUGGAGGUGGCCCGCAGCCUGCUGCAGUAUGGGGGCUCAGCAAAUGCUGAGUCAGUGCAAGGUGUGACACCCCUCCACCUGGCUGCCCAGGAGGGGCACGCUGAGAUGGUAGCCCUGCUGCUCUUGAAACAAGCCAAUGGUAACCUGGGUAACAAGAGUGGACUCACCCCCCUUCACCUGGUAGCACAGGAAGGUCACGUUCCAGUGGCAGACGUGCUGAUCAAACAUGGGGUCACAGUGGACGCCACCACCCGGAUGGGCUACACACCUCUCCAUGUGGCUAGUCACUAUGGAAACAUCAAAUUGGUGAAGUUUCUGCUGCAGCACCAGGCAGACGUCAAUGCCAAGACCAAGCUCGGAUACAGCCCCCUGCACCAAGCAGCCCAGCAAGGGCAUACAGACAUCGUGACACUGCUUCUCAAAAACGGUGCUUCCCCAAACGAGGUCAGCUCGAAUGGAACCACUCCUCUGGCCAUUGCCAAACGCCUGGGCUACAUCUCUGUGACAGACGUACUCAAGGUGGUGACAGAUGAGACCAGUGCCGUGUUAGUCAGUGACAAGCACCGGAUGAGUUUUCCUGAGACAGUAGAUGAGAUCCUGGAUGUCUCUGAAGAUGAAGGAACUGCUCAUAUAACUAGAAUGGGGGAAGAACUUGUUGGCUCCAAGGCUGAGAAACAGGAUGCCAGGGAUGUAGAUGAAGAGAAAGAGCUGCUGGAUUUUGUGCCGAAGCUGGACCAAGUGGUGGAAUCUCCAGCCAUCCCGAGGAUUCCUUGUGUCACCCCCGAAACUGUGGUGAUCAGGUCUGAAGAGCCGGAACAGGCAUCCAAGGAAUAUGACGAAGACUCCCUCAUCCCCAGCAGCCCAGCUACAGAGACCUCAGACAACAUCAGCCCUGUGGCCAGCCCUGUGCACACAGGGUUCCUGGUGAGCUUCAUGGUGGACGCCAGGGGAGGCUCCAUGCGGGGCAGUCGGCACAAUGGCCUGCGGGUGGUCAUCCCACCCAGGACGUGCGCGGCGCCCACCCGUAUCACCUGCCGCCUGGUCAAACCUCAGAAGCUGAGCACAGCACCUCCCCUGGCUGAGGAGGAGGGCCUGGCCAGCAGGAUCAUCGCCCUGGGGCCCACGGGAGCCCAGUUCUUGAGCCCCGUGAUCGUGGAGAUCCCUCACUUUGCCUCCCACGGCCGCGGAGACCGGGAGUUGGUGGUCCUGCGCAGUGAGAACGGCUCUGUGUGGAAGGAGCACAAGAGCCGCUACGGGGAGAACUACCUGGAUCAGAUCCUCAACGGGAUGGAUGAAGAGCUGGGCAGCCUGGAGGAGCUGGAGAAGAAGAGGGUGUGCCGCAUCAUCACCACCGACUUCCCCCUGUACUUCGUGAUCAUGUCCCGGCUCUGCCAGGACUACGACACCAUCGGCCCCGAAGGGGGGUCUCUGAAGAGCAAACUGGUUCCCCUGGUGCAGGCGACCUUCCCGGAGAAUGCUGUCACCAAGAGAGUGAAGUUGGCGCUGCAGGCCCAGCCAGUGCCUGAUGAGCUGGUCACCAAGCUCCUAGGCAACCAGGCCACGUUCAGCCCCAUCGUCACUGUGGAGCCAAGGCGCCGGAAGUUCCACCGCCCCAUCGGGCUCCGCAUUCCGCUCCCUCCAUCCUGGACGGACAACCCCCGGGACAGCGGGGAAGGCGACACCACCAGCUUGCGCCUGCUGUGCAGUGUCAUCGGAGGAACAGACCAAGCCCAGUGGGAAGAUAUAACGGGCACAACCAAGCUGGUGUACGCCAACGAGUGCGCCACCUUUACCACCAACGUCUCUGCCAGGUUCUGGUUGUCGGACUGUCCUCGAACGGCUGAAGCUGUGAACUUCGCCACCCUGCUCUACAAGGAGCUCACUGCUGUGCCCUACAUGGCCAAGUUUGUCAUUUUUGCCAAGAUGAAUGACCCCCGGGAAGGGCGGCUGCGCUGCUACUGCAUGACAGAUGACAGAGUAGACAAGACCCUGGAGCAGCAUGAGAACUUUGUGGAGGUGGCCCGGAGCAGGGACAUAGAGGUUUUGGAAGGAAUGCCCCUUUUUGCAGAACUGUCUGGAAACCUGGUACCUGUCAAAAAAGCUGCCCAACAGCGGAGUUUCCACUUCCAGUCAUUUCGGGAGAACCGUUUGGCCAUACCUGUAAAGGUGAGGGACAGCAGCCGAGAACCAGGUGGGUCACUAUCAUUUCUGCGCAAGGCAAUGAAGUAUGAAGACACCCAGCACAUUCUCUGCCACUUGAACAUCACCAUGCCCCCCUGUACCAAGGGGGGAGGUGGGACAGAUGACCGGAGGAGGACAUUGACCCCACUGGCCUUGAGGUACAGCAUUCUCAGCGAGUCCACACUAGGUUUCCUCAGUGGGACAGACCGAGCAGACAUGAAGAUGGCCAUCAUAGCAGAACACCUGGGCCUCAGCUGGGCAGAAUUGGCCCGCGAGCUGCAGUUCAGUGUGGAAGACAUCAACCGGAUCCGUGUAGAAAACCCCAACUCCCUGCUGGAGCAGAGUGCAGCACUGUUGAACCUCUGGGUCAUCCGGGAAGGCAAAGACGCAAAGAUGGAGAACCUGUAUGCAGCCUUGCGCAACAUUGACCGGAGUGAGAUCGUGAACAUGCUGGAGGGGUCCGGCCGGCAGAGCCGCAACCUGAAGCCUGGACGUCACACGGACAGGGACUACUCAUCAUCACCCUCCCAGAUGAAUGGUUACUCCUCGCUGCAGGACGAGCUGCUGUCCCCCGCCUCCCUGCACUACGCGCUUCCCUCUCCGCUGUGUGCAGACCAGUACUGGAACGAGGUGGUCAUCAUAGACUCCAUCCCCUUGGCGGCCACGGAGCAUGACGCCAUGCUGGAGAUGUCUGACAUGCAGGUGUGGUCUGCGGGCCUCACGCCCUCGCUGGUCACUGCUGAGGACUCCUCUCUGGAGUGCAGCAAGGCCGAGGACUCUGACGCCACCGGCCACGAGUGGAAGCUGGAGGGGGCGCUCUCCGAGGGACCGCAGGGCCCCACCCUGGGCUCUCUGGACCUCGUGGAGGACGACACUGUGCAUUCAGAUGCCACAAAUAGCCUUAUCGAUUUGCUUGACCAGGAGGAAGGUCAGAGGUCAGAAGAGCAGCUGCCAGGUCCUCAGAGGCAGGAGGACUCGCCAGGUGCAGGGCACGACUCAGGGAAUGAAGUGUCUCUUGUUUCAGGCCAGCAGAGGGUGCAGGCCCGCUUCACAGAAUCCCCCUCCGUGAGUCGGGUGAUGGAGACCAGCCAGGACAGACUGCCAGACUGGGAUGGGGAAGGCUCCAUCGUCUCAUACCUGCAAGACACCACGCAAGGUCUCUGGCAAGAGGAGGUGACGCGAGGCCCACACUCGUUCCAGAAAACAGUCACCACUGUCAAAGGACUGGAGCCGAGUGGGUCUCGGGAGUAUGAGAGAAUCCUGGUAUCUGCGGCUGAGUCAGUGCGGAGAGAGCAGCCCGAGACCCAGAGCCCCCAGUCUGGCAGGGAGCGGAGACUCUCGGGCCUCCGGGAGAGGGCGCAGGAGGCAGGAGGCACCCUGUCCUGGGUAAAGGAGAAUGAGCUUCAAAAUAUUCCAGGGGAGCAGGUGACAGAGGAACAGUUCACGGAUGAGCAGGGCAACAUUGUCACCAAGAAGAUCACUCGAAAAGUUGUUCGGGAGAUAGAUUCAUCUGGUGUUGACACCCAGGAUUACAAGGAGGUGAAGCUGAGAGGGAGCAGCCUGCAGCCUGACCCCCUAGAGGGCAGGAAGGGCGCUCAGAUAGUGAAGCGGGCCAGCCUGAAGAGGGGGAAGCAGUGAUCGGAACCCCCUCAAAUGGCCUCUUUGGAGGAUCAUACUUCGACACCCAACCCUUGAACUCCACACACUCUGCCAUGCACAUAGGAGGAGAGCGGGACGAGGCUGCAGAAGCACACGCGUUCCUCUAGGCUAACGGCAUGACCUCCGUAAGGGACUUCCUUUAGUCUCCUAUCGCAUGAACGACUGGCUGUAGACGCAUGACCUACAGUCCUCUAUCCUGCCUCUAGCAUCGGUGGAUCUGCCAGGAACCAGGACAAACGCAGCAAGAAGGGGGAACGAGAGAGGAAGGGGGGUGGGCGGGAGACAGAAAGCAGUGUGAGAGAGGGCACGAAUACAAUGUGAUCAAGGGCUCUUUUGUGGUUGGGAAUGAUCUAUUUUUUUAAAUCAUUUUAAUUUUGACUUGUUACAGGGUACUCUUUUUUCAACUUCAUCUAUAAGAAAUCCAUGUGGGCUUCCUGAAUAGAACAAAAGUGAGAGAGAGAGAGAGAGAGAGAGAGAGAGAGAGAGAGAGAGAGAGAGGUUAGGUGUGAAAUCAUUUCAGCACCUUAACCCCAGGUGCUCCCCUUCCUCACCAACCCCCCACUCCACUGGUUGACAGUGCAGUGGACACUCUCCCAGAAGGUCCACAUGACAUUAGCACACACACACACACACACACACGCACACACACACUCCUCCCCGCCCGCCAUUCAGCAUAUACACAGAUUUUACUGUGACAUCCAAUGCUACCUAGAACUUCCUGUGGAUAAACUGGAAUUUUUUAUGUUGUCUCUCUUUCUCUCUGCCAGUCUCAGUAUUAACCAUCUUCCAAUGGAAAAUCACCACCUUUAGAGCUUUAGACUGUACUCAGAGUCCCUUGUGGAGGGACUCAGGCAUCUGAGGCUUACCUGUAGGGCUCACCUGGAGCCAGCAUUCCGUCCAGAAGGGUCUUCACCCUCGCUUGGUGGGACGCGGCCUGUGGCUGCCCGGGCUGCACCAGCAUGUCCACUAGAGAAGAGGUUUUCUAUAUCUUCAAGCACUUACAUCAUAGUCUGUGUUCAAAGUGUAAAACUGUACAGUAAUCAGCCUUGUGUAUAUGAAAAACAAUAAAUACUAUGCAAACCAAUAGACACACGUUAGCAGUAUGUCAGCUCAGCUCCUGAGGAUUCAGGCCGCGGGAAGGAGCUACAGCCUGUCUUUCGGUGAGAGAGGAGGGAGGGCAGGGCCAACCUGCAGCCCUGCAGCCCUGCGAGCCGGCCCAGGCCUCCCGGAGCGAACUUGGUGCUCUUGUGCAGCUGCGGGCAGGAGGGGGUCGCCACCCCUGCCCCCCUGACAGGCUGGGUCGCGCUGCAGGGCACAUCUGCUUGUUCUCCGCCUCGGUGCCAUCAGGGACACACCUUGCAGCUCCCCCGGCGGAGAGAGGCCGAAUCAGCACAAUCCCUGCGCGCGCCCGGCCACGCGCGCCCUCCCGGUGCUGCCCCUGGCACCUGCGCCCUGGGCGCGGGCCGCUGUGCAGGGCCGGGCAGGGCGGGCAGCGGGGCUGGGCAGGGCAGCAGGGCCGGGCGGCAGGCCGGACGGCAGGGCAGGCCGUGGCCACCAGCCCCGCUCCCGGGGCUGUGCCGGGAGAGCACAGCCCCAGCGUGUCCCCUGCGGGGCGGAGGGCCGCUGUCCCGGGAGUGGGCUGGGUGAGGGUCCCCCAGGAAGACCGGCGCAGGGCUCGCCUCCCCCGCCUCGUGCCCCCGUAGCGGCCCCAGGCCACGCUUUGGCACACACACUCCGCCCGGCUUGGCUGCUUGGCCCGGCCCGGCUCCCUGCUAGUAGGCGCUCCAGGGAGGAGCCCGGGCUCCCCACUCGAUGCCUAGAGAAUGCUGCAGUCUGCACCUUAGACGCUUUUUAGAAGUUUUGGAAUCACCUUGAUUUUUUUAAUUGUUAUGAGAACAAACCUUUUCUUGCGUCCUUCCCCCCCUGCUCUGUUCGGGGAGGGAACCUUCCUCCCCCACUCUGAUGUAUAGACCAUUAUCCCUACACCAGCUGAACAAAUGUCAAAAUUAAUAAAGAAAUUGACCCAUG